GCCAUCACCACUCACUGCCACAACCGAGAGAACUCCUGUGACGAGCUGGUGGAUUGAGUGCAGAUGGCAUCAUAACCUAUCUAGUUCAAAGUACAUACAAACGCAGAAAGACAGAAAGACGGGAGGAUAGUAUAUCACCCACCAUGUCGCUGUCGGCGAGGUCCCCUCUGGGCUCUUACAAAAUCAGACGAGAUGGCACGCGCAAAAAAGUCCUGGACCGGUAUGAGAUUCUGGGAUACAUAGCAGCGGGAACUUAUGGCCGAGUCUACAAGGCGAGAGCAAAAUACGGCGACACCACGCGCGAAUUUGCCAUCAAAAAAUUCAAGGCCGAUAAAGAAGGCGAGGUGGCGCAUUACACCGGCAUCUCGCAGUCUGCCUGUCGCGAGAUCGCUCUCUGCCGCGAACUGCGACAUGUCAACAUCACGACGUUGGUGGAAAUUAUAUUAGAAGAUAAAUGCAUUUACAUGGUUUUUGAAUUUGCUGAGCAUGAUUUACUUCAACUCAUUCACUUCCAUUCACAUCCCGACCGCCGGCCAAUCCCAGACUCGACCCUCAAAUCGAUUCUCUGGCAACUUCUCAACGGCGUCUCCUAUCUCCAUCAAAACUGGGUUCUCCACCGCGACCUCAAGCCCGCAAACAUCAUGGUCUCCGCCGACGGCGUCGUCAAGAUCGGCGAUCUCGGUCUCGCGCGCCUGUUUUACAAACCUCUGCAGCCACUCUUCACGGGCGACAAGGUCGUUGUCACGAUCUGGUAUCGUGCGCCGGAGUUACUGCUCGGGUCAAGGCACUAUACUCCGGCAGUUGAUAUCUGGGCUGUGGGGUGUAUUUUCGCCGAGUUGCUUGCGCUCAGACCGAUUUUUAAAGGCGAGGAAGCGAAAAUGGAUAGCAAGAAAACUGUCCCGUUCCAGCGAAACCAGAUGCAAAAGAUUAUAGAGAUUCUAGGAACUCCUACAAAGGAAUCCUGGCCAGCGUUGCCUCAGUACCCAGAAUACCACGCACUGGCAUCGUUCAAACCCUACCAGAACGUCCUCGAGACAUGGUACAACACCGUCCCUGCCGCGACACACGGAAGCCAGUCAUCUUCACAAUCCCAGCAGCCGGCCGCUAGCCAGCGAGGCUUUCAGCUCUUGCAGGGUCUGCUGGAGUAUAACCCGCUCAAACGAUUCACGGCCGAGCAAGCCAUGCAGCACCCGUACUUCAGCGAGCUGCCGAAACCUACAGCAAACAUCUUCGAAUCAGUCAACUUGGAAUAUCCGCACCGCCGAAUCUCAAACGAAGACAACGACAUCAAGACCGUGAGUCUACCAGGCACGAAACGAAGCGGCUUACCCGACGACUCACUGCCGUCGCGAAAAAGACUGAGGAACGACAACUAACAAUAGACCAACUACGUAUCAUAUCUCUCAAUAAUAUCAUCAUAAAAC